AUGACAGUUGGAUACAGCGUACAGAGCGAUCUUGGCGUGGCGUGUGGGAAGCGGGCACUGUUGAUGGAGACAUCAACUAAGCAAAAUAGCAUUCUCAAGCAAGAGACGUCGUCGCUCACAGACAAAUCCUCACCGGAGCGAGAGCGACUCUUC